GGAUGCUCCUCGAUGGUCCUCGCCGAAGGAAACAUGCACACGUCCGAGCGAUGCCAAGCGCGAGGGCGAGGUGACCUCACGCGGCGGUUUGCGCCGGCCGCCGUGGCGGCACGCGCCGUGGAGGGGAGGGCACCUGCGCGCGACGGGAGGCGAGCGGCUGGCUUGCAGGUGUCAGCGCCCGUCGACCGCCCUCUUCAGCAAGCCGGGACGCUUCGCCACUGCCCGACCCUCGCAGCCAGCGGGCCUGCGGGGCAGCAGGCCCUGGGCCCUUCGAGCGGGUGGUGACCCAAACGGGGGGGAGGGAGGAGGAGGAGGAGGAGGAGGAGGAGGAGGAGGAGGAGGAGGAGGAGAGAAUGAGAGAGGAGGAGACGUUGAUGCUCCAGGGCUGGGACGUGCGUCGGCUGUCGCGCCGAAGCGCGGUGGGCAAGGCGACGUGACACGUUCAGUAAACUUGCCUCGGUAUGAUGAUCUGGAAGAGCCCCCGGAAGAGCCCCUGGGGAAGCGAAAACCAGGGAGACAGCUGAGGACCCCUUCGCCUCAGGAGCCCUUCCCUUCGUAGAGACUUGGGCCAAAAACACCUCCGACAGUACUUGGUAGGACGGCGGCUCACAUCCGGAACAUCGGCAUCACGGUGUCGUAGAGGAGGCCACACGAGCCGCAGACCCACA